AUGCUUAAUGAAUGGUGGAAGAAAAACAGCAAGAAAUACAGAAGCAAAUUCGAGGCCCUCCUUAAAGAUCCUGAUCUGAUGAGCCUAGAAAACGGGAUAUUUUUCACGUGUGUAGAGAAUAAAUACGAGAUAGGAAGUGGAGCCGACGGAACCCGUGUAUAUAUUGGAAUGAGGCAUGAUGGUAUCGAGGUUGCUGUUAAACGCAUGAUAAAGAAUAACUAUAAACGAAUGAAGGAUGAGAUGACUGUCCUGCAAGAUUCAAAGCUGGAGCACAAGAACAUCAUUGAAUAUAAAUAUUUCACAGAAGACAAGAAUUUUGUUUACCUGUGUCUCCAACUCUGUGAGUAUAAUUUUGAAAAAUACAAGAAAACUAAAGAAAUGGACCAGGAUGCUUUGAAGAAAGUAACAAAGGAAGUGCUUUUCGGAUUGAAAGUCCUCCACGAUGCUGGUAUCAUCCACCGAGAUAUAAAACCCACCAAUAUUUUAAUUGAUGUUGAUGGAAAUGUGAAAUUGGCUGACUUUGGUCUAAGUCGCAAAAUAAGCCAAGAUGCAAGUACAGCGCACACCACAAGAGCUGGGACCCGAGGCUGGGAGGCGACAGAGAUCCUGAAUGGGAAUGUAGAUGGACCGUGUGGGUACAAGCUGAGCACUGACAUUCAGGUGGCUGGAAUGCUGGUGUAUUACAUCCUCUCUGGUGGUGAUCAUCCUUUUGGCAAACAGUCUGAAGUAGAUAUAAAUAUUCACGAUGGAAAAUACCACCUAGAUGAACAGACUGAUGUGGAAGCCAAAGAUCUGAUUGAGAAAAUGCUGGCACCUAAACCAGAAGAGAGGAUGUCGGCCAAGGAGGCUUUAGAGCAUCCGUAUUUCUGGGACGACGAGAGGUAG